AUGUCGUGGCUGAAUAAAGCAAAGAGCGCCGUGCUUAAAGAUGAAGCCCCAAGAACACGGUGUGUCUUUGCCAACAUGCAGGGGACCAGCCCGUUUCAGGCACGCCGAGAGGUUCGCGGGGUUUUCACCUGGCGGAACUUUCCCUGCUUCCUAAUGCUCGCCACUAAUGCACCUCGCAACGGCCUCGUACCCGGAAGUAGAAGGACCGGAGCAGGACACAGUCGGGGUGAAAUACCAAUGAUGGAGGGAGAUUCAGUCACUCUAAACUCUGAUCUUACUGAAAUAAUGGAUGAUGAUCGGAUUCAGUGGAUGUUUUUUAACACUUUAAUAGCUGAAAUCAAUAAAUGGGUCAACAGAUUCACUGUACAUGAUGAUGUUCUUGAUGGGAGAUUCAGAGACAGACUGAAGCUGAACAAACAAACUGGAUCUCUGACCAUCACAAACACCACAACUGAACAUGUUGGAGUUUAUGGAGUACGGAUAAAUCAUAUGAGCAUGUUUUUCUUUCUCACUGUCUAUGCUCGUCUGCCUGUUCCUGUCAUCAGCAGUAACUAUUCACAAUGUUCAUCCUCAUCAUCAUUAUCAUCACAGCAAACUUGUUCAUUGGUGUGUUUAGCGGUGAAUGUGAGUGAUGUGACUCUCUCCUGGUACAAAGGAAACAGUUUAUUGUCCAGCAUCAGUGUGUCUGAUCUCAGCAUCAGUCUCUCUCUACCUCUGGAGAUUGAGCGUGUGAAUGAUUCCUACAGCUGUGUUGUGGCUUAUUCAUUCACCAACCAGACCACACAUCUCAACACUGAACUCUGUCACACAUGUUCAGAUUCUGUCCACUGUUGUGGUUCUACUGAAGCUGUGAUCCGAUUGGUCCUCUCUGCUCUGGUGGGUGUGGCUACUGUCAUUCUUCUGGUUUAUGACAUCAGAUCCAGAAGAGCUGAACAAGAUCAAGCACAUGUUCACACAUCAGGUGGCUCAUUUCCACUUCAGAAGAUGAUUUGA